UGGGAAAGAAAGUUUGGGAAGUUUCACACGAGCCGUUCGCGUGCAGUCCCAGAUAUAUAUAGAGGCCGCCAGAGUCUGGGGAUCACACAGGCUCCGGAGCUGGUGCUGAUAACAGCGGAAUCCCCCGUCUACCUCUCUCCUUGGUCCUGGAAUAGCGCUACCGAUCACCAAGUAUCCAUAAAAUAUUGCAAUAAAGCCUCAGCAUUUGCUCAGUAGUUUUGUGAAAGUCUCAAGUAAAAGGGACAUAAACAAAAAAAAUUUUUGCGUGAAGAAUUACAAAAAUAAAAUUCUCUAGGGACUAAAAAAAAAAAAAGAAAGAAAGAAAAUGCCAGCUGAUAUAAUGGAGAAAAAUUCCUCGUCCCCGGUGGCUGCUACCCCAGCCAGUGUCAACACGACACCGGAUAAACCAAAGACAGCAUCUGAGCACAGAAAGUCAUCAAAGCCUAUCAUGGAGAAGAGACGAAGAGCAAGAAUAAAUGAAAGUCUGAGCCAGCUGAAAACCCUAAUUUUGGAUGCUCUUAAGAAAGAUAGCUCGCGGCAUUCCAAGCUGGAGAAGGCGGACAUUCUGGAAAUGACAGUGAAGCACCUCCGGAACCUGCAGCGGGCGCAGAUGACUGCCGGCGGCCCCCAGCACGCGCCGUUCGCGCCGCCGCCGCUCGUGCCUAUCCCCGGGGGUGCGGCGCCCCCUCCCGGCGGCGCCCCCCGCAAGCUGGGCAGCCAGGCUGGAGAGGCGGCUAAGGUGUUUGGUGGCUUCCAGGUGGUACCGGCUCCUGAUGGCCAGUUUGCCUUUCUCAUCCCCAACGGGGCCUUCGCACACAGCGGCCCCGUCAUCCCCGUCUACACCAGCAACAGCGGGACCUCUGUAGGCCCCAAUGCGGUGUCGCCUUCCAGUGGCCCCUCUCUCACGGCGGACUCCAUGUGGAGGCCGUGGCGGAACUGAGGGGCUCAGGCUACCCCUCCCCCUAAACUCCCCAACCCACCUCUCUUCCCCCUGGACUCUAAACAUCUAAACAGGAAUUUGGAUACUGAGAGAGAAGAGAACUUUUAUGAUUAAGUGGUUACUUUGUUUUUUGUUAAUUUCUAAAAAGUUACUUUUUUGUAGAGAGCUGUAUUAAGUGACUGACCAUGCACUAUAUUUGUAUAUAUUUUAUAUGUUCAUAUUGGAUUGCGCCUUUGUAUUAUAAAAGUUCAGAUGACAUUUCGUUUUUUACACGAGAUUUCUUUUUUAUGUGAUGCCAAAGAUGUUUGAAAAUGCUCUUAAAAUAUCUUCCUUUGGGGAAGUUUAUUUGAGAAAAUAUAAUAAAAGAAAAAAGAAUGAAGGUG